AUGCAUUUCGCAUAUCCCUCCCGCAAGAGCUCCAACCCGCCGCCCUUCCGCCCUCGAUCCACACGGCUGCCCGGCCUGCGGAGGAGUCGCAUCAAGACGAUUGGCAUUGUCCUGUUCCUGGUGCUCGCGACGCUCUGGCUCUUCUCAAAUCCGCGGGUCCCGCGCCCCGAUCCUGAGCGCGUGCCCUCAGGCCGGCCGCCAGUCGUGCUGGUGACUGUCAUCGACCCGACGCAAUAUCCCAAUGCCUACCUGAAGACGAUCAAGGAGAACCGCGAGCAGUAUGCCGCCAAACAUGGAUACGAGGCAUUUAUCGUCAAGGCCUACGACUACGACACCCAGGGAGCGCCGCAGUCCUGGUCGAAACUCAUGGCCAUGCGACAUGCGCUGAGCAAGUUCCCGGAGUGCCGCUUCGUCUGGUACCUCGACCAGGACGCCUAUAUCAUGGACAUGAACAGGUCGCUGGAGGAACAGCUCCUGAAUCGUGGAAGACUGGAGAGCCUGAUGAUCAAAAACUACCCAGUCGUGCCGCCCGACAGCAUCAUCAAGACAUUUUCGCACCUAAGGGCAGAUGAGGUCGAUCUCAUUGUCAGCCAGGACAGCUCGGGCUUGGUGGCCGGAAGCAUUGUGGUUAGGAACAGCCAAUGGGGCAAGUUCUUGCUCGAGACGUGGAUGGAUCCUCUUUACCGAAGCUACAAUUUCCAGAAGGCCGAGAGACAUGCUCUGGAACACAUCGUCCAAUGGCAUCCCACCAUUCUCUCGAAGCUGGCACUCGUGCCGCAACGCGCGCUCGGCCCCUACACGCGAACCGACCAAGGCGACGCCUACCAAGACGGCGACUUUGUCGUCAUGUUCACCGGCUGCGCCAAAUCGGGGCCCCAGAGCUGCGAGACCGAGUCUGCAAACUACUAUCAGAAAUGGAGCUCGUCAGUGUGA